AACAUGGUUGGCACGAGAUUUCGGCCAGAACGCGUGAAGAAAGGCCUCGUAUUCAACAGUCAAAGACCGACGGGUUCACGUCCCAGAGGAUUGAUCGAUCAUCGAUGGACGAUGGGGCGCUUCCCCGGUCAGAGCCGCCUGCCACGGACUGGUCGCUGCUGCCCCUCGACACCCUCGCCUCGAUCUUCGUCAGGCUCGGCGCCGUCGAGGUCCUCAUGGGCGCCGGCCUCGUGUGCCGCUCGUGGCUCGAGGCGGCCAAGUUGCCCGAUGUAUGGCGAGCCGUGGACAUGGAGAAGCACGAGGUCGUGGUCCGGAAGAGCAGUGUUGUCCUGCGCGCAAUGGCGAAGGCGGCCGUGGACCGUUCCGGCGGACAGCUUCGGGUGUUCGCCGGGAGGUUCUUUGUCACCGAUGAGCUCCUACAGUAUAUCUUGGAAAGGUCGCCCUCGCUGACUACCCUGCGGCUUUUAUCCUGCCCCCGAAGCAAACGACUCCUCAACGUGAUAAGAGAGUCACCUCUGCUGGAGCUGCGCUCCCUGGUAGUUGAAUACAGCGACCUCACCGUGCGAGAGCUGAGCGACGUCCUUGAGAGCUGCCCUGUCCUGGAGUUUGUUCGGGUGCGCUGCAAUCGCUCAAAGAUGUACUAUGGCGAAGACGAGGAGCAGGCCCUGCGAGCGAAAUUCGCCCGGAUCAAGACCAUCAAGGUCGAGUAUGAUGGUCCGUCGCUCUCGUUCUACUCGCGAAUGCUAAAUUUGCCCGGAUCGAGACCAUGA